UGAACCUUCAAACUGUGUUCCAUCCCGCUGCCCUGCCUGGGAUUCUGCUGCUCCGGCCCCCCCAGGGCGGGCUGGACAGACGACCUCGGAUAGCUGUGCUGCUCCAGAAAGGUGAUCCAGGAUCAAAAGUCUCCCGGGAGCACCGGUCAUGAUCGGUCCAGGUUGUUGGGCCCCUCCUGGUCCCGGUCGGGGCAGCGAGAGCUACGAGGCCAAGUGCGAGCGAUGGCAGGAGACCCGCGAGAGCUUGCGCCGACGCCCCAAUGUGACCUCGUGCCGCCGGACAGGCAGGCAGCAGCCGAGGGCGCAGCCCGAAGGGCAGUCCCGGAGCCCCCGCCAGCAGGAGUUCCUCAGACGCAGGAAUCUGGAGGGGGAUGAAGAUGAGAAAGCCUAUGGGCUCCCAAGGAGAGAGCGCCACCGUGGCAGAGCCCUCAGGGGAACAGCUUCUUGGGCAGAUGUGAGGUCAUCGGCCGGACAGCAGGACUUACACAGAAUCAGACCUGAUGUCCCUGUGUUCCAGUCCCAGGGUUUCUCAAACAGCUUCACCAAUCUCACACAUCACUCGCUUCUGGGGUCUCGGGAACUUCUGCAGGGAGACCCUUCCGCCAAGAAGGUGUCCAGACAAAGCCAAGGCACACAAACGGUGACCACGGCAGCCAAGGUUCGCGUUAUGAAUGAUGCCAGCCAACAAACCAACUGUGGAAUCGCAGUCCUGGAUAAGGAAAUCAUCCAACUUUCUGAAUACCUCAGAGAAGCCCUACAGCGUGAGCUGAUCCUGAAAAAGAAGAUGGUUUUCCUCCAGGAGCUUCUCUCCACCCUGAUCCAGGCCUCAGAGAGAUCCUGGAAGGGACAGAUGAAUGAGGACCAACUCAAGUGCAAAUUGAGAUCCCUUGAAAACCAGCUGUAUACCUGUACCCAGAAACACUCUGAGGAGAGCGUGACGAAGGUCCUGAUGGAAAUGGAAGACCAGAAGCAGAAUUACGAAAAGAAAGCAAAGAAAUCCCUGCAGAAGUUGCUGGAGGAGAAAAUGAUGGCAGAACUGCAGCUUCAGAGCACAAAGCGGUCCCUGGCUGGCGCGGAGCAGGAAUGUGCCCAGUGGAAGGCCCAGUAUGAAGUCCUCAAGGAAGAAUGGAGCGAUUUGACAGCCAAGCACAGUGAGCUGGAGACCCAGCUGCACAUUCUGCAGUGUAAAUUGCAGGGAGCUGACAGCCGAGACUCACAGCUCAGUCGGGCUCUGCACCUGCUGGAGACAGAGCACCGGGACCUGCAGGCUCGACUGAACCUGCUGCAGGAGGAAGAGGCCCAGGGCAGCCAGGACGCCCAAGAACUCCAAGGAAGACUACAAAGGUCAGAAGAAGAGAAGCUCAACCUAGAAGCCAAGGUCCAGCACUUACAGAGUGUGGUUCAGAAUCAGUCCACCCAGCUGCAAGCCCAGCAGGAAUUGAUCCGGAAGAAAGACGAGGCUCUGUCGGCGAGGACCCUAGCCCCACCGCGGCAGGAGCAGCCACCAGCUGCCCCUUCAGAGGGCCCCGGGGAAGAGGCGGAUGGGAAUCUCAGGGCCCAGCUGCAAGAGAGGACCCUGCAACUCACCACCAAGGAAAAGGAGUGCGAGGAGCUGCAGGCUGAACUGGCGGGCCUGAGUGACGAGUACCUGUCCUGCCUCGACAAGCUCAAGCAGUGUCGGGAAGCACUGAACCACUGCCAGAAGCCACCCCCCAGGGCAAGGAGGUGCUUCAACUGCUGGGUCCCCGUGCUAGUGGUGACGGUGGCUAUGGCUCUGGCAGCAUUCCUGGCCAACACAGGGAACCUGAUGCUCUGAACCACGCCAAGACAGCAGGACGGAAGAACUGAACUGACACAGGAUGGAUCCCUGAGCGACGGCAGGGAAGGAGUGGGGCUUUUUCAGCUUUGACAGAUUUCUGAUCGGGUCUGCCCUUGUUCUGCUACUGAGCCAAUAAACCCUUAUCAGACUUCAAUCUCCCUGAA